AUGACGGAUCGAUUUCACGACUACAUUCGCGAUAUGCCGAUGCAGAUCGGGAGAAAAUUUAUGCCUGGACGACAAAUCAACUUACCGACGGCACCUUUGUUGAGGCUACGUGAGAAUCAAUUGACGUACAAUUUCGAGAAGGAGCUGCUAGCACGCCAGCAAUACGACGAUUCGCUGAAAGUUGCAGAACUUGAAAAUAGUGCGCAUUCUUCGGGCAGCGAUGAUUCCAAAUCAGAUGCGACAGUUCCUGCUACAUCUACGGCCGGUUUUCUUUCAAAUGAAGUCCUUCUGCCAUCAAAGUUCGCGCCACCUCAAACAAUAAGCCCAGCAAAAGAGAAAUCAAAGAAUGCCAACUCAAAUUUCGACGAUUUGGAGAGCCGAGGGUGCAGUAUCUUUGACGAUUUAGAGUUGAAAACAAUUGACGAUCGAGCUGUCCUAUCACAAGUCUUGAGUAAAAUUGCAAUAAAUCCAGUGGCGUCUGCAAAUACAGAAGUCUGUCGAGGAAAGGAUACUGUAAGUCUUGCUACAAACGGCAUGGUAUCCUUCUCAGCACACACAAAGAAUGGAGAAACACCACAGCCAGGAAGAGAAACGUCAGGAGGUUCUACGCCCCAAUCCGGCAUUUCGAACACUCCACCACCAAUCCCCGGGCAUCAAAGCGUAGCUUAUCGACCAGCAAUUCCAACAAGAUCACCGCCAGUUGAGUUACCAGCCAUCGCACAAUUGAGAGCUCGUCUAUUAGCAAAAGGUUAUCGAGGAAAUAUAGUCACAAUAACGUUGGAACGACUCCCUAGAGAAAGGAUUCAAUUUAUUGAAUACUACAUGAAAGGAAUGCGUUCACUCGAGAAACUUGAUGUGAAUAUCGUUGAAACGUUGGACUUUCUUGUCUCUUGUCAACUCGACGAUAAGCAAAAAAUAAGCGAUUAUGGCUCAGUGGCGGCUCAAAUUGUACAAAUGGGAUUCCCUGCUUCUCGAACGUUUGCCGCUGUCAAGUCGAAAUCUGGUGAUAAGGUAGCUGCUUUGGAUUCACUUCUCGCCGAGCAAAGA